AUGAAUUUUUUCCCCAUCCCUUCCAACGUAACCACAGACUUUUUGUUUGAGAAAAGUGCGAACUACUUCCACUCGGAGGAUGCGCCAAAGCGAGCUGCAGCCCUCUUGCCAAAGGUGAAGAUAAUCACCAUUCUCAUCAACCCUUCAGAUCGGGCCUACUCCUGGUACCAGCACCAGCGAGCACACGAGGAUCCCGCUGCUCUUCGGUAUAGUUUUUAUGAGGUGAUCACAGCAGGUCGGCGGGCUGUUCCUGAGCUUCGGGCCCUCCAUAAUCGGUGUCUGGUGCCUGGCUGGUAUGCAGCUCACAUCGAAAGGUGGCUCACAUACUACCCAACUAGACAGUUACACAUUAUAGACGGGCACAAGCUGAGGACUGAUCCUGCUGCAGUAAUGGAUGGUGUGCAAAAGUUCCUUGGAGUUUCCCAAUACUACAAUUAUUCUCAGGCCCUCACGUUUGAUCCGCAAAAGGGCUUCUGGUGCCAGUUGCUUGAAGGAGGGAAGACAAAGUGUCUGGGGAAAAGCAAAGGCAGAAGGUAUCCAGCGAUGGAUUUAGAGUCUAGAACAUUCCUCUCACGAUACUACAAGGACCACAAUAUUGAACUGUCCAAGCUGUUCUAUAGGCUGGGUCUGCCGUUGCCAUCUUGGUUAAGGGAAGAGCUACAAAAAGUGAUGAGAUAGUUGUUGGAAAACUGGAAGCAAAUCACAGUUGUCCUAUUAUCAGUCCCAACACACUGCACCCCCAUCAAGCCCGCUCCUAAGCUGGGAGUGACUGCCAAAAAAAAACACAACUUUCUACUAUACCUCUACAAACAGAAAGUAUUCUUUAAUCUUUCCAUGUGCUGGCAUGUGGUAUUGUGAAGCUGACAGCAGUCGAGAAAGUGUGGGUCAACAGCCUAUGGCUGAAUUAUAUGUUUAACUGGUGAUAUUUUGUGAGGGUUCAGUCUGUGUCCCCCCUACCCCCCACAUCACCUCCAAACUGAGGAUUGAAUGACUUAUUGUAAAGAUAGAAAAAUGUGACUGUUUUUUUGUAAAUGAAACCUGUACAGUGCUGGUUAACUGUCUGGUAUCUGCAGUGAAAUAAAUUGCACUAUGUUACUUUUACUGCCAUGCAUAUAAAUUAAACUGAAAUCAUAAUCUCACUAUUAUAGACCUGCAUUUUAAAAUCUCUGGAGUUUCCAAUCCUUUUGGUUUGUUUAUUCAGUAAAGACAGUUUACAUUGAUUACAAACAACCCUCGACAUAAUUUGCCUAUGUAAUAACAAUUAUUUUCCUAUGUUUACUGUUGAUGCAACAAUCUCCUCAGAAGCUAACUUACUAACUCUCAUGUAACCAUGUAUGAGAUGGAAGUGUUACUGAUAACAAGAUAUCAUUAAAGAUCCUUAAUGUCCCACUCUCACUUGGGAACAGUAUUUGGUGAUAUAAUCGUGAAUAAAAAAUUAUUCCAUCUGAAAUAAAGAUUCAACAAAAACAUCAAAAUAAGAACAAGCUUGCUAGACUUGUAGCAGCUGCUGGUGAAACACUUCCUUCUCUGCCAGGACAGA